GGAGUCCAAGGAACAAUUAUGGUCUUAUACCACAGACGUCACCAUGCUUGAGUCUUUAGAAGUUGUGUACUGUGAGGGACUGACUUGUCUUCCCUUGCACAAUAUGCCGGCUCUUAAAAGGCUGGAGAUCACAGACUGCUCCCAGCUUGCAGCUACAGAUUGCAAAGGUGGCCCUGCAGCUGCCUGGGCUCUGGCUUCCUCCUCUUCUUCAGUGCCAUCCCAGGUGGGGCUGCACAAUUUGUUAUCCGUUAAAAAUUUGAAGAUUGAGAAUUGCCCGGUGCUUCGAUUCUCGGUGGAAGAGAAGCUUCCACCAAUGCUGAAGGAUCUGGUGAUAUUCUACUGUCCAUUGCUGAUGGAGUGGUGGGAAGGACUGAAAGGAAGCAGUCAGUUGGCAUGGGUGCCUAAUAUUCUAGUUGACAACCAUGAUGCCAAUGAGGAAUGGAUUGUGAGCACGCAAAAUGAAGGGAGUGAGGAGCAAGUGGAAGAAGAUUGAGAAGACUUGGAGAUAGGAUGUUCCAUGAACAUUUGAUUUUUUUUCAUUUGGGUUUAUCAGCACACACUCAUUCCAAUCCAACAUUCUAUUUUUGGCUUGCACUCUUAUUUGGCUAUUUUCUAUGUUUAGCAAGUCAAUACAUAUUAAUAUUUGGCUGGC